AUGAGGAUGGAGGGCAGGGAGGAGAUGCAGGGCGCCGUGGGGCUACGCUGCACCUGGGACAUUCCGCCACCCGCUGGCACCCAGGCCAAGUGGGUGAGGCUCAAUGUGGGGGGCACCGUGUUCCUCACCACCAGGCAGACCCUGUGUCGGGAGCAGAAAUCUUUCCUGUGUCGCUUGUGCCAGGGCGAGGAGCUGCAGUCGGACCGGGAUGAAACUGGUGCAUACCUCAUAGAUCGGGACCCCACUUAUUUUGGACCGAUUCUGAAUUUCCUCCGCCAUGGGAAGCUGGUCCUGGAUAAAGACAUGGCUGAAGAGGGGAUCCUUGAAGAAGCUGAGUUCUAUAACAUUGGUCCUUUGAUCCGAAUAAUCAAGGAUCGAAUGGAGGAGAAGGACUACACAGUAACACAGGUGCCUCCUAAGCAUGUCUAUCGUGUGCUGCAGUGCCAGGAAGAGGAGCUCACUCAGAUGGUUUCCACUAUGUCAGAUGGAUGGCGCUUUGAGCAGCUUGUGAACAUUGGCUCAUCCUAUAAUUAUGGGAAUGAGGAUCAGACAGAAUUCCUGUGCGUGGUCUCCAAGGAGUUGUACAACUCCCCCAAUGGCCUGAGCUCUGAGCCCAGCCACAAAGCCAAGAACACAGAGGAGGACCUGGAGGAGGAAGAGCAGGAGGUGGAGGAGGAGGCAGAGGCAGAAGCAGAAGCAGAGGAGAAAGACCGUCCAUCUAUUCGGGAUUGUGCUAAACUCUCUUCCUGCGGACCCUCCCUCCUGCUCCCUUCCGUGUCCAUCCCAGCACUGCCAUCUACCUCCCACAUUGCCCCACUCGCCAGCCUCCAGCAUCCUUCCCUCUGCUCUCCUUGUCCCUCAGGGCUCAGAGUGGUCUCUGCCCAGGGCCCUGUCUCUCUCUGCUCCUCACUUUUCCUCCUCUGCAGGUAUGUCACCUGUCUGCACUCCCAGCUCCUGCCAGCCUGAGCUCUGCAUGAGUGACUCACUUCCCUCUUGUGGCUGUUACAAGCCAGAGAUCUGAGGAUGUGAUCUGAACACUCCACUCCAGCCUUUUCAUUUCUUGUUUAUAUCUUUAUUUUUGUACUGCAGUGUAUGGCAGCCCUUUCUCCCACAGUGACGCCCCCAGCCCCCUUCACUCUUCACAUGCAGCCAUUUUUUUUUUUACAAACUCACCUCGGAGGCCUGAGCUUCCAGCCCUGGAGGAGGGCAGAUGCUGCAUGGAGCCCCUGAGCUGCUGUAGGAGCGGGAGCCCACAGCCCCCUCCUGUGCCUGGCAGUCUGGCUUUCCUUAAUGUCACAGUGGCCCCUGCUGGGGACAUCAGCGAUCAGCCACUGCAGCCUGCGGGUCCCUUCCUGAGCACCCUGGAUGCAAAUGCGGACCGAGGUGGUGGCAGCUGUCUAAGGACCAGCCCUUGCCCUUUCACUGUUGCAGGCAACUAGUGUGGGCUUGUGGCCUGGGGACAAAUGCAGAGCCACCGUCCUUUUCUGUGCCACCUGUAUGGCUCGGAGGUGUCCCUGUGCUGGGUAUCACGUUCCUUGGUGCCUCCCCCCUGUCCCCCAAAGCAGCUCUGUGCCAGCAGUGUGAGAAGGAGAAUGGUGUGCUGCCUGGGUACCAUAAACAUGCUGGUACCUCAUGUUGUGUCAGCCAGCACCAAGCAGAUCCCAGUUUUGGGGAGCAGGGUGUUUGCUUCACUGCUGUGUCUGAAGACUCCUGAAUAAAAUUCACAGUCUGUUCCUC